UUGUUUUGGAGGGCAGAGGAGCCGCUCUCUGGUGUUAUGUCCUCUCAGUGCCUGUAGUGGUGCUGUAGGAGGCUGCUAAGCUCUCUUCUUGAGCAGCCCCAGCAGCCCUGCCUUCUUUGCUGGAGAAUAUAUUCAGGGAUUCCCCUUAAUAAUCACCUACCCUCUGAGCACUUUGUAGUUUUAAAAUAAUAAAGAGCUCCCGUUCAAGUCUUUCUCCUCUUCUAAAAGCAGGAAUCUUUCUCCUCAGAGCCAGGGGGCCAGCAACAGCAGCAGCUCCUCAGCACUGAAGCAGCUCCGAGCCCAUUCCCCGGUCCCUCUGCUGGGGAGGAAACUCUGGUCUGUCAGCCCAACAGAGGGAAAGGGGGGAGAGGAGAGAGAGGAGAGAAAAAAAAGCAGCAGGAAAGACAAUCUGCUUCAUCUUGAAUCAUCAUCAUUCCAGGAUAGUAGUGUCCGUGGGGCUCCCUGCUAACAUUGACAUGGUACAGAAGAUUUAAAUUCGGCUGAUGUUCACAAGGAAAAGAGUCACGUGAUGUAUGAAGGCAAACACAUACACUUUUCUGAGGUUGACAAUAAGCCGUUGUGCUCCUACAGCCCCAAACUGUGCAAACAGAGGCGUCUUAACGGCUACGCCUUCUGUAUCAGGCACGUUCUGGAGGACAAGACUGCCCCCUUCAAGCAAUGUGAAUAUGUGGCCAAGUACAAUAGCCAACGCUGCACCAAUCCAAUCCCCAAAUCUGAGGACCGUAGGUACUGCAACAGUCACCUACAGGUUCUUGGCUUUAUACCGAAAAAGGAAAGGAAGAAAAAGAGUGACCCGAUAGAGGAGGUAAAAGUUCGGCACCAGAUGGAUUCUAUGGCCUUCAGUCUGACAGUUCCUCCGCUGGCCUUGAAGAUGCCCAAUGGCCUGGAUGGGAUGUCCCUCUCUCCGCCAGGGGCCAGGCUUCCUCUCCACUACCUGGAAGCGGAAUUGGAAGACCCCUUUGCUUUCAAUGAGGAAGAUGAUGAUCUCAAGAAAGGGGCAACCGUGAAGAAAAAAUUGCAGAGCAAGUUAGCCCAAAACCGACAGCGCCACAGAGAGACCGAGAUUCUGAAAGUUCGCCAAGAGCACUUUAGCCCCCUUCCUGCACCUUUGCAGCAGCAGCAGCAGCAACAGCCUCUUCAGCAGCAGCAGCAGCAGCACUCCCAUCUCUCACCUUUACCAACUUCUUUAAAGCCAGCAGGGCUACCGCAGGGCUUAGUCUGCAAGUCACCUCAACCUCAGAACACCAGCCUACCAAUGCAGGGAGUGGCGCCCACCACACACACUAUAGCACAAGCCAGGCAGUUGUCAAACAAGAGACCUCUGCCUCUCCUGCCCCCCACGAGGGCUCCUGCCCCAGACCCACCCAGGGCUGACAGGAUCCUCAUGAAAGCCACAGCCUUCUCUCCGCACUCAUCCUGUAUGAGCCGGCUACAGAGACUGGUGAAACUGUGCACUCAGAAACAGCAGCUGGAUGCUGAUCUGUUUCCACAUUUAGGGUUGGACUGGUCUGAAGAUAGUGGAGAAGAAUUGGAGGAAUCAGAGCAAACCUCACCAUACCAGGUUGCAUGGUCCAUCAGAGAAGCCCUCAGAUAUGAAAGGAAUGAGCCAGAUGAUGAUGAUGCCAGCGGCCGGAGUUCCCGCGUGUCCCAACUUUGCACUUACUUUCAGCAGAAAUACAAGCACCUCUGCCGCCUGGAGCGGGCAGAAUCUCGUCAGAGGAAAUGCCAACAUACAUUCCGGAAAGCAUUGCUGCGGGCAGCCAGCAGAGAGCCGGAGUGCGCGGGGCAGCUGAUACGAGAACUCCGAAGAGCUUCAUGUACUCGGAUCAGCACAAGUGAAGCAAAGCAGAGGGAUGCAUCUCCAUGCAGUGGAAUCACGAAGGGCGAACCAUGCACCAGCAAGGCUCUUCCAUUCACUAAGCAUUGUUUUCAACAUAUCCUCUUGAACCGGUCACAGCAGUUGUUCUCAAGCUGUACAGCCAAGUUUGCCGAUGGGCAGCAAUGCUCCGUGCCAGUUUUUGACAUUACGCAUCAGACACCCCUGUGUGAAGAACACGCCAAAAAAAUGGAUAACUUCUUGAGAGGAGACAACUCCCGCAAAGUUCAGCACCAGCAGCAGAGGAAACCCAGGAAAAAAACAAAGCCGCCUGCGCUUACCAAAAAACACAAGAAGAAGAGAAGGCGGGGGCCACGGCGUCCCCAGAAACCAAUUCCUCCUGCUGUGCCCCAAGGAAACCUCAGUAUGCCCACCAGCGUCUCACUGCCAAUGGAAAUCUCCCACAUACGGAGCCCUUCCACACCGGAGCUGAGUACUGACGAGCUGCCAGAUGACAUCGCCAAUGAAAUCACAGACAUUCCACAUGACCUCGAAUUGAAUCAGGAAGACUUCUCCGAUGUCCUACCAAGGCUGCCUGAUGACUUGCAAGACUUUGAUUUCUUUGAAGGUAAAAAUGGAGACCUCCUCCCGACUACUGAAGAGGCAGAGGAGCUGGAACGGGCCCUGCAGGCUGUAACUUCUCUUGAGUGCCUGAGUACUAUUGGAGUGCUCACACAGACGGAUGUGCCAGUUCAGGAGCUAUCAGACAGAGGGAUAGGGGUGUUCUCCACAGGUGCUGAAACUCCAGGAAUUCAGUCCUUGGGCCGAGAAGUCAAUGCAGAUUUAGGUGAACUGCUGAAUGGGCGUAUAGUGCAUGAUGACAAUUUCUCUAGCCUGGACCUGGAUGAGAGCUUGCUCCGUUCUGCUACCUUAUCCAACCCACCUACGCCCCUGGCAGGGCAGAUUCAGGGGCAAUUCUCCGCCCCAGCCAACGUUGGCCUUACUUCUGCCACUCUGAUUAGCCAGAGUGGGCUUGGGGAGAGAGCCUUCCCAGGACAGUUCCAAGGACUUCACGAUGGCAGCCAUGCCUCCCAGAGGCCACACCCUGCCCAGCUGCUAAGCAAGGCAGACGACCUAAUCACCUCACGACAGCAAUACAGCAGUGACCAUUCACACUCCUCACCCCAUGGAAGCCAUUAUGACAGUGAGCAUGUGCCGUCUCCCUACAGUGAUCAUAUAACAUCUCCCCAUGCCUCGUCCUAUUCUGGCGAUAACCUGGCAGCUACGUUCUCCACAGAGAUGCCCAUCAUAGCACAGCACCUGCUACCAUCGCAACUGGAGGGGCAGCUUAGUGGGGUGGUGAACCCCAGAACUCACUGGGGGAGCCUCCCUGUCAAUCUUGGCGACCCUUCUCCGUUCAGCAACUUGCUCGGUGCAGAUGGACACCUCCUUUCCACCUCCCUGUCCACGCCACUGACCACGUCGCACUCAGAGACCACCCAGCCUGCCUUCGCCACCGUGACCCCAAACAGCUCCAGCGUACUUCCGGGGUUACCGCAGACCAGUUUCAGCAGCAUGGGUGCUGCAUCUUCGGAACUCAUGGCCUCUACUUCUCCCAAGCAGCAGCUCCCUCAGUUCAGUGCAGCCUUUGGCCAUCAGCUGAGCUCGCACAGUGGCAUUCCCAAGGACCUGCAGCCCAGCCACAGCUCCAUAGCUCCUCCAACAGGCUUCACAGUAACAGGUGCCACAGCUACUAGUACCAAUAAUGCAUCUGCCCCCUUCACCACCUCCAGCUGAGCUUGUCUGUGAAUUUCAGGCAGUUGGGGACCCUGUUUUUGUUUUUUCUCCCCCCCACCCCACUUUCUCUUUCCCCAUUUUUGUCACCCCUUCUUUUUUAAAGACAAUUUUUUUUAAUUUAAAUGAAAAAAGAGGCUAAAAAUAAAAGUCCUGAUUCAGUACAGACCAGGGUUUUCCUUUCGCUCAGCUCUGCUCUGAUGAUCUUAUGUGCUGUUUAUGUAUUGGUGCUUAUUUACUCUUUGCAGGUUUGCUAUACUUACCCAGUUCAUACCCCAGUUAGGGAAUGCAGCACUGUUACUGGAUGUAACUUACCUUAAACUGAGAAAUGAGAAAAUACCUCAAAUAAAACUAAUGCAAGUUCUUUGUUUUAAGGUUCGGAUCAGAGCUUUCAGUUCCAUUAGCAUCUCUGGAGGAGGAGAGGGAGAGUUAUUCUGUUAUUUUUAAGGGUGCAAAUGGGAUGAAAGAUAGAUCAACCUCUUGAUUUGGUAACUGGGCACUGCAGAAUUAAGACAAGACCAUAGUUCAAGUAUUCGUUCUGUCAGCUUAACGGUGGGCUCUUGUCCUUCUCUGUGAGUGUGAGUGUGUGUAUGUAUUUGAUAUAAGUAAACAACUAUUAUUUCCUUUCUUGUCCUGAAGAAGCCCCUUUUAACCCCGUGACUGUCCCUUCUGCAUGCUUAAUCAUUUUCUUCAAACUGGGUUUGUUAAACAGAAGGAAGAUUGAUCUGGUAGGACAUGUCAGAUUGUUCUCUUUGGUUCAGAGAACCUUAGGUGGUAGUUAAAAAGAUUAGCAUUGGCGAGGGGAAAAGAAGACAGCUCUGUGUGUUGGAAUAAACUAUAUUGGUUUACCUGCUCUGAUAAAACGUAUGCUAAUUCCUAAAGCUGAUUAAUUACUGCAGUAGUGUUGAUGGGUUGACCUCUUGCAAUGGAGCAUUGUCCAGAAUAUCUUACACGAAAAUGAAUUCUUAGUUGAAACUGGUAGGAGAUUCCACCUCCCCCUGUGCCCCCCACCCCCAAUUCAGACUGAUAUAGGUCAGAGUUGCUUAGUGAUUUUUACAGAGUUGUUAUCAUCUCCAGGAGUUCUUAUGGUUCCCCAAAAUAACUUUAAAAUCUUUUGUGGAAAGCCAGGCGUGGCAAACCAACAGGGAGUUGCUGAAGAAUGACAGGUAUUUUCUCUUGCUAAUAAAUAAGUUAGAAAUUCUUCAAAAGCAAGAGAUUCUCCUUGUCUCACUUUAUGCGCUCUGAGGAGCCACAACAAUCAAAUUGGCAGAGAAAAGGCUCCUACCUCUCUAAAGUUUUUCCUACAGGAGAAAAAGGUUAUUUGUGAAGCAGCCCUCAGUUUAUAUCUCUUCUCUUGCCUACGCACAACUCACAUAUGGCCUUGUGCUUGCAGUGAUUUUGAUUCUCCCCCCAAAAUGUAAGUAGAUUUUGCAAUUUUUUUUCUUAUUUCUCAGUGAAGAUAAUCAUAAUUGCUCGCUAUAUGUUUUAUUUCUGUGGUGGAGAUGGAAAGAAUAGCCAUCUACUCUUAAGAGCAGACUUCAUUUAUAUCUUAUGGGGAAAAGUUUGGACCUUACAUAAUUUCAUCUAAUUUUAUAAUACAUGAACAAGAUUAAAAGAGAAGGCACACUCUAGUAGACUGUUUUAAUUGCUUUGAGAUUGAGGAAUAAGAGGGAACUUGGCUUUUUGUGAGCGAAGCAAUUAUUUCCUAUCAUAGAUUUUCCCAAGUAAAAAUCUGUCAUGGGCUAGAAAUUUUCAUACGUUCUGAGGGGGGAGAUGAGUCCUAGGGAAUGCCUGUUUAGGUUCUAUCUAUUAGGAGGAUUGCCUUACUUUUAAAAAUCUCUGCUGCUUGUUGCUUUGAAAGGGUCUGGGAGUUAUGGCUUCUGAAAAAACAUAUUAAAUGGAAAACAUGUUUAUGUUUAGAACCUCAUGAAAUCUAUAUUCUGCCCUACAUUUGUAAUGGAAUUGUAUAAUAAACAUCUAAGGGUGGCCCCUAAGAUAUUUGUAAUGUUAAGUGCUGUAAGCCACAUGAAGAGCUGAAGUGAUGUUCCUCACACCCCACUUAGUGUACAAUGUAUUGUGGAAUAAGGGCCCACAGGCAGGACAUAAUUCUUCCCCAAACCCUCUCAGCACCCAAGUCCUCUUUUUGAUGAUGUUAUUUCCAUACAGACUGAACAGAUGAGAUGAUUGACUCUCCUAGGAAGGUGAUUUGGUUUGGGAAACUAUAAACUUUUAUCUUAUACAUGCCUUUUGGUCCAGUACCUAAAAAUGCUGGGAUCCAAAGAGUCACCUACAGUUUUCUGAGCAUGCACAAGGGCUUUUCAGCCACCCUUUCCUAUUGCAGCCUCUCGUACAACCUGUGAAAUGCUCAAGGUCAAGGGGCCUCCUUGCUGCCAGAAGGCAAAAUUGUCCGGUUGUAAGUGAAAAUUGGCGAGCUUGAAAUUUUGAGCCCUUACUGCUACUUUUCAACUCUGUCCAUAGUAAACUCCAUCCUUUUAAACACACAUACAGAGCUCCAUUCACAUUCAGCACUAUGCCCUGCCUACAUAACUUGACAUAAUGGCCUGGUUCACAUAAUCAUUCAAAUCUAGAUUUAAUGUGGGUUACCAACAUUUGUGUGAUUGUGUGAACCCCUGCUAAGGCAAGAAUCUCAGAUUCAUCUCAGCCCAUAAACCGCUUUGGCAUGGGUGUGAUUCACACUAUCAAACUAACGUCGUCAAUCUAGAUUCAAACCAUUAACGUCGUUAAACCUAGAUUCAAACCAUUAUGUAAACCAGGCCAUUUGUUUUUGCAUGUAACACAAUGAGAAAGUGGGUGAAACUACAGCAGAUUUAAGGCCCACCUUUGGACAGGGAGAAGUCAAGUUUCAGGUGACUUGUAAAUCUCAUAUAUAGCUGGGCUAUAUGUUUUCAUAGUUUCAUUACAAAGUGUUUAGUGGGCAAUAUCCAGACCUAGUCAUGACUAAGCACUAUUGAAAUUAACAAGGCAAGUUAGUCACCACCCAGAGCCUUUGGAUGGAUAGGGCGAUAAAGAAAUGUAAUAAAUAAAUAAAUAACUUACUGUAGCUUACAUUAGUUCCAAAGGGACUUAGUCAUGGCUAAUUUAGUCUGGGUGUUUCCCAUUAUCUACUAAAACAUGUCCUGCAGCAGACCCUGUUUCUCUUUCACAUUCUUCUUGCUAUUGCUUUGCUUCACAUUCAAGACAUCUCAUUGUGUUCUCUUGUCAAUAUGACCUUUCUUUUAAUUCAAACUGUGUCCUACCAUUGCGCUUCAAAAACAAUUUGGGACUUUUAACAUUGUUGGUUAGGCUGGGAUUUUUUUCAAAUACACCUUGGGAAAUUUGGUUUGCAGUUUCCUUCCAACUGUGUUUAAAGUUGCUUGGAUAACUUUGGCAGUUCUGUUCCAUUAGGAAUUUGUUUUGCUUUUGUUUCACAUGUUCUGUACUAAUGGAUCUUUGUUGGGGGGGCGGUUGUUAAAGAGUUUGUGAUGGCAUCCACAGUUGAACAAUAUGAAUUACAGUAGUGAGGAAAGAAAGUUAUGUGACAGGGUGGUGUUUCCUCAAAUUCCUUUCCCUUUAAUUCUGCAGGAAUUGCUUUAGGAGGGCCUUUUUUAUUCUUUUCAUAAGGUAAAAUGAUGAACAGUAAUAAAUAAAAUAGCUCAAAAAGGUCUACUUAAAGCGUGCUGUGAAAAUACCAAUUCUUUAUGUCAGGUUCCUUAACUGUUGGUUUACAACAGACUUCUCAUCUUGUCCUAAAAAUUAAAGUAUGACACAUGUACACUUUAUAUAAAUUAGUACUUUAUACAUUAAUUUAAAAAUCCCUAUAAUUGUGUAGGAUCAGCUGCCCAUACCUUGGUGUCCAGGUUUGCAAAUGAUUACCUGGUUUAAGUUAAUUGUUGCCAAACACUUAUGUUGCAGAUUAUCUCCUGUAUCACAUAUAAAUGGAAUCUGGCAGGCUUUCUUCUCUCCUUCUUUUGAUUGCCUACUUCUUAGUUUUUCAGUUGUUUCAGAAUUAAAAGAGUACAUGGCAGAAAUGCAAAAGAAAGGAGUAUGCUUUGCAUUGCCACUGGAUGGCAGUGUUUGGAAAGAUUUUUGUUUGUUUUCUAUAGAGCCUGAAACUGAGUGACACACACUUAAAUCUUUUCUGGAGCAUGAGAGCUAGCAAGACAAAACUCAGGGCAGAAAAAGAGUGAGAAAUUAUUCCAUGUAAUUCCUCUCUGUGCCCUUACAACACAUUUAUGAACACACGAGGCACACUUUGAACUUGGCCUCAGUGUCUUCAUCCUCUUGAUAGUUUGGGGGAUGGUAUUUUAAAUACAUAUAUAUAGGUUAUGUUCCCAAAUCUUUGCUGUCAGAAACUCAGUGCAGAUUACUCCUGGACAGCUAACUGCUUACCAUGUUGCUUGUAUUAUGGAAUGGGCUAAUUUACCCUCAAACAACUCUCUAACCUUUUUUUUUUUUUUAAGGAGAAGGAAAAAAACCUAGGAGACAGAUCCAAUUUGGGCAACUGAGUUAUGCUAUGGUGUGUCUAUGUUCAUGGGGGUGGGUGGGUGGUUGAGCCAGUUUCUCUGAAUGGUGAUGAUGAUUACUGUCCAAUUUUGGGCAUGUCUCAGGGAUUCCUUGUGGAAAUAAGGGCAGUUCAAAUAAAGUAGUUUUAACCAAGUAAUUGAUUUUAAAGUAGAAUAUCAUCACAGCAUGAGCACAAGAAAGAGAAUGCCCUACUCAUUUUUGUAGCCCAUAGUAAGUUGUAAGUGGGUUCUUUCUCUUCUUAAAACUGUGCUCAAAUCCAACAUUAAAAAAAAUAAAUUCUCACCUCUUGCUCAGCUUUAAGCUUUGCUUUCAAGAUAUCUUUCUGCCCUGCCUGCACCACGAGCAUUCAGAAUACUUAUUGUAGAUUUUAAAGAAAAAGCUAUAUUAAUUUAUGCUAUUAACAUCACCUCAUAAAUUAUAAGUUUUAUACUAAGAGCUGUAUUGAGUGUAAUGAGUUACGUUGCACAUGUGUUUUAAUACCUAGAAAAUUAUACAAUUUUUUUAAAAACCCCACAACCCUAGUGAAGCACCUUUUUACACUGGAUCUUGCCGUGUCAAGGUGUACAGCUAUUCUUUGCUACCUUGCAGAUAUAUAUAUAUGUGUGUGUGUGUAUAUAUAUAUAUAUAUAUAUAUAUAUAUAAAGCAAAAAUAUAUAUAAGGUGAAAAUGGUAUCUUUUAUUGACAGAACGUAAAACUCUUCUUAACCCGUAUAUUCCUGCUUCAAGGAGUCUUGUUUUUCUGCAAUAAAUUAUCUGUGGUUUGUACCUAUGAUGGUUAGAGGUUUUUAGUUACAGGGUAAAUAGAACAAAUUUGAUAUCCAAUUGCUGCCGCUGGGAAUUGUGAACCAAGUUUGUAAGACUAUUUUCCCCCCCACCCCCCAUUAAAUAUAUUUAUUUCCAGUUAACUCUGCAGGUUGGAGGUUCAGAAUGACAAAAUGUUAAAUCUAGGGAUCCACAGUGUCUUAUUCAGGAAUUUUCUCCCCUCCUUUCCUCACAAAGGAAUUCCCACUGUGAUUUAUAAAUAGAACUUAGCUAACUUGUGUGCAUGUAUGUAUACCACACACACACACCACACACACACACACACACAGAGACAGAUGGAUAUGCAUUGGGGGGACUGUGCGUGUGAAACACGGAUGUGUAUAUUGUAUGUAGGUUAUGGGGUUUUGUUUUGUUUUUUUGUUUUUCUGUAAAGAGAAAAGUAGUUGAAGGGUGAUAAAAUGUAUUGUGGAAAUGUGAUUAUUUAGUUGGGGCUUAUUUUGUGCUCACUGUUGUGCAAAUAACCAAGCUACAUUUAGUUUUCUGUUACAAGGCUAACUCUGAUAUCAUGUUGGUUUUUCUGUUCCAGGUUUUUGUUUUGUUUUUGUUUAACUUUCUGAAUCUAAUUGCAUUGAGCCCUGUUAAAAUGACAGAAAAUGCCAUGUUUUCAAGACAGCCUUUAAGGAAAAAACACAAUAAAAGGGGUGUUGCUAAAGGAGAAUUUAAAGUGGACUCUUACAUUUGGUGGAAAUGUGAGUCAUGGGAAGCAGCUAUAUCCAUCUGAGUAGUACAAGAGUCCUCUGCCUCUGAUUUUGGAACAGUGUCCUGGUUAUCAUAUUCUAGAUAAUUGUGUUCGGUGGCUUUGUGCCCCAUAUUGGGUUUUCCCAUCGAAACUCUAUAUACUGUAUUUCAGAAGGCGCUUAGGUGACUUACCACUGAGAAAUACUUGCUGGGGGGUCUUUUUGUACACGACUAAAGCUACUUCCAAUCCCAAAGAUGGCCAUGCUAAUAAUCAUUUUAGUUACUGGUUAUUUUAUAAGUUGAGAGGAAUGGGGUUCUUAUUAGGGCCAGUGUAAAUGUACUGUAGACUCCUUGCCAAUUAUAGUUAGCAAAUGGGGAGCCAUCGCUGGAAGUGAGUGUUCUUUCCUCACAACCACUCCCCUCCCUGGUGUAAACGUCCCCACCCUGAUUGCUGUUAAGCACAUUGUCAGCAUUAACCAUGCUUAAAGCUCACCAGAGUUUCUAUUGAACCAGGACCUGUUUCAGAUCAUUGUUUGAAGAAAACUCUGGUUAGCCUUAACUGUGGUUAACAUCUGUGCCAACAAACUGCUUAACUUCAGUGAGAGGGGAAUUUACUCCAGAGAAUAGAAGGGUUGUGGGGAGGGAAGCUUUGUUCACAUGGCUGGCUCCCAAUUUGCUAACUAUGGUUAAGAGGCAGCCCUGGCUGCAUCUGCACCAGUCUUUUAUGAGAGGUCCCGGACAUGUUUGCUCAUUGCCUUUUUCAUUUGGAUGCAUUGAAUUGCAGUAUCCAAGCUGGAGACAGCUAUGCCUCGAAUCCUGCAUAUUUUGCUGCUGUGAAUAUCAUGUCAUUGAAAUUAAACCAUCUCCGUUAAUCAGAAUAUCUGCUGGUACACACACAUUUUACAUCAUCAGGCUUUUGAGGACAGCUUUCUUUAUAAAAGAGGUUUAAAAAAAUCUUAAACCUGCUUUCCCUCACUUCCAUUUCUUUCCCAUUAUUUUUAUGAAAAUCAUAUUCCUUGUACAUAUGCAUGCCAGUACAAAGAGGGAAACGUGGGUUGUUUAUGGUCUUUGCUUCCUAUUAGUUGGUGAACAUGGGAGGUACCAGAGUGAAUUUAUUUAUGGGGAAGAGUAGACUCCUUUUUAUGUAUACGUGUACAGAGAGAUGUAUAUCAGAUGUGGCAGCACUUCGCUGAAUGUGGAAUUGCCCUUUCCAUGUACAAAAGAUAAUAUGAAUGUGAGACUUCUAAUUCUAUAGAUGUGUGCAUUAGUGUCCUUAUGCUAGGUAUACAUGUGGCACACACAUACAAAAUAUAUGUUACAAUGAGUAUGUGUGUGGGAUAGAGAUCUAUGUAUAAGAAGCUAAAAUUGUAGUUUCAUUUGAGGUUUUUGGAUGACUUAAACUGCUGUUUGAUUGCCACUACUUUUGUUAGCAUGGAAUUCUCUUGAUGUAUUUGCUUUUGUUUCUAACAUAAAAGCUCUGUGCGAUCCAGUUUUUCCCCCAUGAGGCUCUUCUGCAUGACACUUGCCCCUCUAUGUUUCUGCCAGAAUGCUUCUCUCUUUUGAUGCCAGGCUUUCACUUGGGUCCCUCCUGGUAACCAGGAGAGAGAUUCCCAGCUUUCUUUAAACUGCUCAUUUUCUUUAACUGAGAGGCUUAAAAAGAAAAGAAAGAAGUGUCCACCUUUUUCGUUUAUUAUGCCAAAUCAUAAAUAAACCCAAAUCCACAUUUUUUUUUUGUUGUUUCCAUAUUACGAUGCAAAAAACGAUUGGGAGACUCUUCACUUUUCAAGAUGUGCAUGGUAGACAGUUUCCUAUUGAAAUUCCUAAUUCUAGCACUGUUUGGGGUUUGGAAAUCAUCUUUGCCACAAAUACCACCUUGAACUGAUAUUUUAUAAAAUCUUAAUAUUUAACGUGGUUCAGCUAGUGUUUCAUGCGUCUUUUGUCAACAAGCCUUGUGUGGUUUUUUGCACGUUAUAAUCCCCUUUAAAAUAGCUGUUCUUUUUAGCUAAAGGCUAGUUCACAUGGCUGAAAAAUUAAGCCUGCACAUGGGUGACUUCAGUGCACAUUACAAUUGGCCAAUUUGUCAUCUGAUUCCACAACCGACUUCUUUUUCAAGAAAUGAUGAGGGUUGUGUGGGGAAAGACAGCUCAUGAGUCAUGAGCCUGUUGUCUUGAGUGCAGGAUGAACCACUUUGCCACACAGCCACUUGCAAUGCGCAUUUUUUCACCUUGAGCUUAUUUUUGUUUAUCCAAAUCACCCCUCAAUUGGACUUGUAUAGCCUCUCAACAGAAGAUACAGUCUGCCCAGUAGAUUAUAAAACCUGCUGAAAUUGAUGGCCAGCCAGUACUUGCUACAGAGAAUAAACCAAUAUAUUCUAUACAUAAUAUAACAUAAUUAUUUGGUCUUCAGGGCUUCCCAUCUAAUCAGUGAUACUUUCCUUAAAUGCUAAGAGUGAUUUCUGCCCUUUUGCAGAAAAAUGUAAUUCCCUUAGUAACCAUGCACAGAACAAUAAUUGAUAUUGUAGGGCUAAAUGUUGCUGGAUGUGUGCAUACACAAUGCAUUUUUUCAUGGCGCACACACACACACACACGAAAUAUUUGUUUCCCAUCCCACUCUGCAUUCAUGAAUAUAUGAGAUAAAUUGUAGGUAUUCCUUAUGUGAAUUUUGGUUCAAUUUUGAUGUUUAGCAAAAUGCUGUCCCUUCUGGAAUAUUUAAGCUGCAUUUGCAGUUAGUUAUAUGUCAUAAAGGAAAACAUAUUUAUAAUUAUCAAAAGCCAUUUGAAAUUGUCUUUUAAUAAGGAGGAGGUUGGUUUGUUAAAUGCUGCCCUGUGUUGAUAGGGAAGGUGCCUGUUGGGAUCCUGUUGACUGUAAAGUGAGUUGCCUUUUUCUCUAAUCCUACUUUUGAAAUGGUAAAGACUUGCAUUUUGUUGCAAACAGUUCCCCUCCAAAUUUCCCUACAAUCAGCAUGCUUCCAUCACUGUUUAUCUUGUACAUUUAGUAACAUUGGUGUCGCUGAGGAAACAGUAUGUUUUGAUGCCUUUGCCGAAGGAAGACACUGCUUCGUUGUUUGUUCUGCCACACUUAGCAUCCCUUGUCAAGGAUGGGUUUUAUUUUAUUUUAUUGUAAUUAAGAAAUAUUUGGAAAUGAGUCUUACUACUUAGUUAGUCAGAAAGUUCUUAACUGGGAACUAUUGUGUUCAAAAGAAUAUCUCAGGCUAUUUUUUACAUCAUGCCAUUCUAUAACUCUCUUUUCCUAUGUCCAAGUUGGAUUAUUGCAUUCAGGUACAAAGUGGAGGGCGUAGCUAGGGAUUUAACAUCAGAGGUUUUAAAGUCUGGCUAGUCUGUGCAAUUCAAAGCCAAAUACUUUCAUCCAAAUGAAGCUAGAAAGGAAGAAGUCAUCCACUCAUUGAAAGACAGCCAGAAAUGAUGGAAAGGUGUGCUCUCGCUCUCUUAAGGCUGUCCUAGAGAAUAUGUUGGUAUUUGUGUCAUUUUUAAAGCUAGUUUCAUUACAGCUUGAUAUCAGAAAAAGCCUCAUAACGAAGAGCCUCAUGGCAGCAUUGGUGAAACAGGGAAAAGGUAGCAGUGGGAAAACCAAGAUGAGGCAGCAGUGCAUUGUGGGAAGUACAUCUUGCUAACGUUAACGUGUGUCUUUCAGAAUAACUGCACGGUAGCAAGGAUUAGCAGUCUAUGCGCAUUUGUUGUUCCCAUCCCAACAUGCUGAUUGCGUAUUGUUCUGCAAAAGUCUAAAAUAAAAGCAAAGAACACUUUUGAACAAUUAAAGCAUAAACAGCUAUUUAAAGGGAACAUACAGAUUUGAUAAUAGCAUACAUACACAAGAAGCAAAUCUAAUAUAUAACCCAAAGGACAGGGUGAGUGGGGACAAUCAAGAACACGAAUUGUAUCCCUGAAAAUUCCAGCACAAACAGAAAUCCACAUUAACGCAUUUGCUGCUGGAAAACUUCAGGAUAGCAUUCCAGAGGUGGGUGGCAUGGCUGGCGUUUGUAUUUUCCCUUUGAAUUGGAAGACUCACAUGUUCCUCAUACUUCUCAAUGAAUGUACUGUAUUACCAUGUUUUGUUUUGUUUUUUAAAAAAAUCAAAGACAUUAUGAGAUUGGUCUCCUUUUGGUUAUCUGGUCCUUGUUUAAUUGGUUUAAGGGUUUUUGUAUACAGAAGUUUACAUUUUUAUGUAUAUUCUUGUGUAAAAAAAACUGAUGUAAUAUGUGUAUAAAACACUGUAUGUAUUAUCUGUAUAUAGUGUGAGAAAAUGAUUUUCUUUCUUUCUUUCUUUUGGAUGUAUUAAUAAAUCUUGCUGUGAAGUA